UUUGCUUUUGACUAAUAAAGAAACAUACUUUUCCACAAUUUUCUUGUCUUUUUAUCUUAUUUCCUUACUCGUCAGGGAUUCCCUGUAACGCGGCAAUCCUGACGAAAGACAUAUCAGAAACUUUGAUAGAAUCACAUAGCAGCAAUCUCUUAGCUGGAUUUUACCAGCUUCACUUUGAGAUUAGGUCAUUUACCCUUUUAAGGGUUUCUCUCCUACUUUCUUGAUUCUCUUCAUUCCCAAGACUCAAAACCUAGCAAACUUGGACAUUUGGAUUGAGUGUCUCUAGUCCGGGUCUCAUUUGGGUGGAUUCUUUCUGGUGAAAUCUUUCUUGUGAGAGUUUUGUAUUGGGAGAAAGAGAUAAUCAAAUGCCGGAGGAAGAUUUGGUAGAACUGAAAUUCCGGUUAUAUGACGGUUCAGAUGUUGGCCCGUUUCAGUACUCUCCAACCGCCACAGUGUCAAUGCUUAAGGAGAGAAUUGUCUCUGAAUGGCCUAAAGACAAGAAGAUUGUUCCAAAAUCAGCUAGUGACAUCAAGUUGAUAAAUGCUGGUAAGAUUUUGGAGAAUGGUAAAACUGUUGCACAGUGUAAAGCUCCAUUUGAUGAUCUCCCUAAAUCCGUCAUUACAAUGCAUGUUGUCGUGCAACUGUCUCCAACAAAAGCAAGACCAGAGAAAAAAAUCGAAAAGGAAGAAGCCCCACAGAGAAGCUUUUGCUCAUGUACCAUAAUGUGAGAACAACAACAAGUCCCAAGUCAAAAAAUCUGAAAGAGUUAAGUUUUGAUUCUCUGUGGUAUUUGCUAAAAGACCAUAUAAACAUAAACUACCGCUUCAUAUUCGACAUUUUCUUCACAAGUUCAAAGAAACCUUCAUCUAUGGCGUUAUAAAGCUAGUCUAUUAGAGUUGUUUCUCUUGAGCUGUGAUGGAAAAACUCUUGUUUGGAGCAUCCUUUAUAAAGAUAAGAGUUUUGUUACCGCGAACUAAUUCAAGUAUCUCUGUAACAUAUCUUGUAUGGUUUUGUCAAUCUUUAGUACAUUUUAGACCUGGUUUUUUUCUCUAUCAGGAUCCGCCCAAAACUGUAUCCAAACAUCUUUAUCCAGUCCAUUACCUACAGUGAAAACGAGUACUAAACGUUUGCAGUUUGGUUCUUGAGUGGCAAACACUUUGAUAUGUUACUAUAUGGUCCAUACCUUUCUCAUCAUUUUCCACUUCCACAAAGCCAAUGUUUUGGGGAUGUAGGUAGAUACAAACCUCCAAAAGAAACAGAGAGCAUGAGAUCUCAAUAAAUGUCCUUUCACCUAACUUAUCACUGUCUCCCACUUAAUUCUCUCAUUUAUAACCUUCACUUUCACUUAGUGUCUCUCCACUAUCUUGUCUUGUUUCGCCUUUAAUUCUAUUCCUCUCCUCUGGCUCUCAUUUAUAAUCUUCACUCCAAAUGCACCUUUC